AUGGCGGAGAACUGGGGUGGAGGGAAUGGACUGACCGGAAAAGAGGAAAAAAAGGUUGGAGGAGAAGCAAAUGGGUACGGGGCAGAGGACAUGAAAGUGGAUCUAAAGGUUGUAAAGCAAGAAGUUGCAGACUGGUCAGAAACAGAAGAAUGUAAGUUGGAUGCACAGGGGAUGAAGCAAGAGUUGGAGGAUGGACCGGAGGUGAAAGAUGAAAAAACUGGCGUUUUGGGGUUGAAACAGGAGAUGGAUGUUAAUGUGAUGAAACUAGAACUGAUGGAUGAACCGGAGGUAAAGGAAGAGAAAAUAAAGGUGACGGUCGAGGUUAUGGACUGGCUCGAAGUGAAGGAAGAGAAAGUAAAACUAGAGAUAAAACAAGAAGAGACAUUGGCUGACCAGAACAUAAAACAAGAGGAAAGCAUGAAUGGAGUCAGUAUAAAAGAAGAGAAUGAUAUCCUGAAAAAAGAAGUGAUGGAUGAUGCAGGGGUGAAAGAAGAGCCUGAGGUCAGUGCCCCAGUGAGCUGCAAGCGGAAGCUGGCCAUGUCAAGGUGUGAAACUUGUGGUACAGAAGAAGCAAAGUAUAGAUGUCCACGUUGUAUGCGAUAUUCCUGCAGUUUGCCCUGUGUGAAGAAACAUAAAACAGAACUGACAUGUAAUGGAGUUCGAGAUAAAACUGCAUUUGUUUCAAUACAACAAUUUACUGAAAUGAAUCUUCUAAGUGAUUACCGAUUUUUAGAAGAUGUGGCAAGAACAGCAGACUAUAUUUCUAGAGACACUUUUUUGAAAAGACCAGUAGGAAAUAAACAUAUGAACUAUCUGAAAAACCGUGCCCGGAAACAAGGUAUUAACUUAAAACUCCUACCUAAUGGAUUCACCAAGAGAAAAGAGAAUUCAACAUUCUUUGAUAAGAAAAAUCAGCAGUUUUGUUGGCAUUUGAAGCUACUGUUUCCUCAGAGUCAAGCUGUGUACAUAGAAAAAAGGGUACCAGAUAAUAAAACCAUCAAUGAAAUCCUAAGAACUUACAUUGAUCCUGAAAAGUCUGAUCCUGUAAUUCGUCAAAGGUUGAAAGCCUACAUUCACUCUCAGGCUGGUAUUCAAAUUUUAAUGAAGGUUGAAUGUGUGCGACAGAAUUUUGUAAGUUAUUAUGAACUGGAUCCUUGUAAAAGUCUCCUAGACAAUUUGAAGAACAAAGUAAUUAUCGAGUAUCCAACUUUACAUGUGGUAUUAAAAGGAUCCUGUAGUGACAUGAAAAUUCAUGAAGUGAAACGUGAAUCUACCAAGAGUUUUGGCAAUGGAAAUUGA